AUGCUAAUAAACUUGAGAAUUGCCAGUAGAUUGAGUGGCUCAAGAAAAGUAAUGCAUUCAUCCAAGUUAAGUUCUUCUGAAGAAACUAUUACAAUAAAUUUGUCGAUACAGGAUCUUAAAAAAUGUUGCAGUAUAAAUAAUAUAUGGAAAGAUGAAGUGAUUCGAGAAAUUCGCAGAAGAUUAAUAGUAGAUUGUACAUUCACUUGUGCUAAAAUAUCUGUUAAGGCAUUGAUUGACCCUAAAUCCAAGCAUAAUUGUAUCAGUAAAUCUCUUGCUAAAAAAAUAGAUUUAUAUAUUUCUAGGGAAUUUGGUUCAAGAUAUCCCGCAGUAGUAGAACUUGGCAUUAAUGCAACAAAUGCUGGCAAGAAAGUGAUGGUAAGAGGGUGGGUUCAUAGAGAAAAUGUUUCUGUUUCUUUGCCAAAUAUAUUUGAUGGGUUAAAACCCCCUUCGUAUUUGGGAACGGAUACAGCAACUUUUGUAGUUGUUGACAAGCCUGAAUAUGAUUUGGUUUUAGGUAAUUCAUGGCUAACUGGGUUGGGAUACGAUAUUGAUAAACGGGAUGCAAGAUAUUGGAAAAAUAAUGAAGAGAAAAGACUUUAUUACGUAAGAAAUGAUAUUGAUAUACUAUCUCCUUCUUUUACUGAAAUUAAUUCGGAUGGGAAAGUUAUAAUAACCAAGUUUUUCAAACAUAAUCGUGAAUUCGAUGGUCUAAGUGAAUAUUAUGAUUCGGACUAUACUGAAACGGAAUCAUCUAACGAUUCUUCUGAUAUUGAAACUGAAUCGGGGGAUGAAGUUACCUAUAAUAAUGAUAUACCUCCUUCGAUGAUUAUAGACGUACCCGAUAGCCUGAACAAUUUUAUUGGUGCAUUUAGUGACUUUCUUAGACAGGAUUGUGAAGCUAAUAAUAAUUUUAUUUCUGCAUUUCUCAAUCAGGAAUUAGCAUAA